AUGGAGGAGUUUCAAUUCAUCAAAUACAAAGGUUUUGACCAUGUUUUCAAAUACUCUGGACCAUGGUUAUGGUGGUUGGUAGGAUUUUAUCUUUGUCUUCCAAUAUUGGCUUACACCUUAUUACCAUAUUUAACAAUGAAUGGAACUAUUUCAGGUAAAAGAAAAACUGUAUCUAUAUUUGUGUUGGGUGACUUGGGUCACUCUCCAAGGAUGUGCUAUCAUGCAAAGUCGUUCUCCAAGCUCGAUUACUAUGUUAACUUGUGUGGAUACUUAGAAGAACAGCCGCCAUUUGACAUUAUAGAUGACAUCAAUAUUGAUAUAUAUCCUAUUACUGUUACGAAAAACACGUCAAAUUUACCGUUUAUUUUGUUUGCAGCAAAGAAAAUGGUAGUUCAAUUCUUCCAGUUAUUGAAGCUAUUGCUGGAUUUCCGUGGUACAGACUACGUUUUGAUUCAAAAUCCACCGUCAAUUCCAAUUCUUCUAAUUGUAUUGGCAUACAUAAAAGUAUUUAGUAGGAAAACGAAAUUAAUUAUUGAUUGGCACAAUUUGAAUUACACUAUAUUGAAUUUAAAGUUUCAGAAUUUGAAGCAUCCGUUGGUUAGAAUUUUGAAGACGUAUGAAAGGGUUUUAGGACAAUUUGCUGACUAUAAUAUUACCGUCACUAGACAAAUGAAAGAAUUCUUGAUAAAAGAGUUCAAUUUCAAUAAGAAAAAGAUAAUCACUCUACAUGAUAGACCAGGAGAACAAUUUAAGCCUUUAGAAUCAUUGGGUGUUACAAAGCAAGAAAUCCUAGAAUCUCAUGAUAUUUUUAGAGACAUUCAAAAUAUUUCUAAGUACAAGAUUUUGGUCAGUUCAACGUCCUUCACCCCGGAUGAAGACUUUAAUUUAUUAUUAAGUGCAUUGAAUCAAUAUGAUAACUCUUUAGCCGAAAGAGGAUUGCCUCCAAUUUUAAUUAUAAUUACCGGGAAGGGUCCUUUAAAGAGUCAAUUCUUACAAAAAGUAAAACAAUUGAACUUUCUGGAUAAUGUCAUUAUUAAAAAUGCUUGGCUUUCAUCGGAAGAUUACCCGUUGAUUUUAUCUGUGGCUGAUUUAAGCAUUUCUUUACAUACAUCUUCUAGUGGUAUCGACUUGCCAAUGAAAAUUGUUGAUUUUUUUGGCUGUGGCAUUCCUGUUAUAACAUUACGUUUUCCUGCCAUAGGAGAAUUAGUCACGCAUGGAACAAACGGAUUAAUUACUAAAUCAGACAAGGAUUCAAGUGUAAAUGAAUCUCAGGAAAUUUAUAGGUUAUUGACCGAAGCAUUCAAGAACGAUGAAUUAUUAGAUAAGAUUAAGCAAGGGGCAUUAAAAGAAAGCAACCUCAGGUGGGAAGAAAAUUGGAAUAAUAAAAUGGGAAAGCGCUUUGAAUACUCUACUGAUUGA